UGGAAUUAAUGUUUUUUUGCACAAUUUCCGCCGCCGUCAAAUAGUUCCCGCACGUCCUCCCGAGGGGUGUGUUGAGCCGCCCUACACGGUACUGUUUUCAGGCGUGGCCGGGCCCGGGGGUGACCCGGGCAGGUGUGUGGACAGGUGUGGAGGCCAGUAUGUACAGGCCUGGCACGGACACCCUUCUCGAGGCACCUGCCGCCGUGAACCGUGCCACACAGGAAGGCGCCUCCACGUAGCCCGCUGGCGCAAAAGUGUUUCCGUAACGUUAAAGGCAUCCUGGACUUGUAAGAAUACUCCCGUGAAGAGUUAUGCAAGGUCAAGGAUCGUUGUGGUCAGCAGGUGAACUUACGUGUCGAACCACAUCUCCCACGCUAGGGUUUGGUGUGGCUGUUCCUCCCAUUGUUUUAAAGAGCUUCCGCCAUCGUCGUCCGCUCAUGGAAGGACUGGACGCAAGUCUAUGAGAUGGUUAAUUAAAUUCCUUAAGUUUGUGGCUGAUGUACCAUGAUGGUGGACACGGGCGGGGGAGCCAGGGAACGAUUCCAGAGCCUGAGUGUAGAGGAGCACGAGGGAGUCUUGCCCCCUUUGUCCACUGUUGGGUAUUAUGCCCACACUCAUACCGGGCCGCGCUCUGCCUCCUGGCGCUCAACACUGCCGGGACAAGAUGUAGAUAAUUGUCUCAGUUUAUUGGAUUCAUCUCCACACAGUCUUAUUCAAAUCAAGAGUGAUCCAGAGAAUCUUGGUGGUCUAUGCAGCAGCAGCAGCAGCAGCUGUGGCCCCAUGAUGACUCUGCCUGGGCCUCCCCUCUCCUCUGCAGAGGCUGCUGAGGAUGCCCAGACAAGAGGACAAUUACUCCAGGAAAUCACUCAUGUUGCCGAGACUUUUGAGCCCUACAGCUCACCUCCCACACCACCAGGAUGUUACAGAAACUUCACAGUAUCGUCAGACACCCAGUCUCAUACAGAUUUUAUAUUUUCAGAUACACCUGAGUGGUCCUGGAACCGCAGUCCAACAGAUGACAAGGCCUUCAAUGGGCACAACAGUGGCAGCUUGUUCAUAGGCCCUGUGUCAUCAAGUGAGACUGUGAUCAACUCCCUGCAGUACAACAUUUCAUCACAUCUCAUGUCAGAUGCCUUUCCCUCACCGCUACCUUCAGCGUCUGUCACGGAGUCCCCGAUGUCCGUCCCAUCAUGUUCACCUGUUCAAAGACCACCACCACCUCCAUCAACAUUGACCUCAUCUGCACUAGAUCUGUCACCUGGUCCCCCACCCAUGGCACGCCAGUUGCCACCAUUGAAGCCCUUAUUCAUGACACCAGCCUCCUCACACCCCCCCCUUGGCUCCACCCCUCCUUCAGCACACCAACUCUCCACCCUGCAUUCCUCCCUCAUAACCUUAGAUGUACCCUCUCAAGCACUCUCAGCCCAUGAAACACUGGAUGACACCCUGGACCUGGUGGGGGUGGAGGACCCGGGGCAUGAGAGGACAGCAGAGUUUGAGUGUGGGGAGUGUGGGGCCGCCUUCACCCGGCUGCCUCACCUCAAGUACCAUAUGAAGAUUCAUACUGAGGUAGAAAAGCCUUCAGAUGAGCAAGAUGAAUUUCUGCAAGACUCAUCAAAUUCCAAGUUCAGAGUACAGUCUCCUGAAAAGUUACUCCAAUGCAAGCACUGUGAUGAAAAGUUUUCCACUGCAGAAAAACUCAAGACUCAUGAAUUGAAACAUUCAGGAGAUCGCCCAUUCCGAUGUAAUGAAUGUGGCACAUCAUUCCCAGCCAAAGCCAUGCUCAUCAGACACAAGAAAGUUCACACCGGUGAGAAGCCUUACAAAUGUGAUAUAUGCAAAACUUGCUUCACCGAGGCAGGCAGCCUGAAAGUCCACAAACGCCUGCACAGUGGAGAGAAGCCGUUCAAGUGUGACCAGUGUGACGUGGCCUUCAAUGGUGCCGGCAUGCUGGCCACUCACAAGAGGAAACACACCGGGGAGAAGCCUUACAUGUGUGAUGAGUGCGGUGAAACAUUUCGAUUGUUGUCAACCUUGAAGAGUCACCGGAGGCGGCACACUGGAGAAAAACCCUUCGUCUGUGAGCUGUGCGGGUCAUCCUUCACACAGCGGGCGGCCAUGCAGCGCCACAAGAGGAUCCACUCCGACAAGAAGCCGUGGGAGUGUGACCAGUGUGGGUACAAGUUCAGGGAAAAGGAAAAUCUUAGGAAACAUAUUGCUCUUCAUAAGAUAAAACUGCAGCACAUGUGUGACGUUUGUGGUGCUGGAUUCAACCAGGCCAAGAAACUAGAGACUCACAAGAUGCUUCACAAUGGGGGUGACCGACCCUACCAAUGCAAUAAGUGCCCGUCCACCUUCACCAACCCCAAGUACCUGACUCAGCACAAGAAGCGAGUGCACGACAAGAAAGGUGCAAUAAAGUGUGAGGAGUGUAAUGGAACCUUCAAGAGGAAAGAGACUCUACGUGCCCACAUGAGGAUACACAAAGGAGAGCGGCCGUAUGUGUGUGAGGAGUGCGGGGCAGCCUUCAAUCAGCGAGGAACACUAACCAAGCACAUUAGAGUUCAUGGCAGCCAAGUGUUAGUUGACGAUCAAAGUGAAACAAAGACAUCUGACAGUGCAGAUAAAGCAUGCAAUCUCCAAUCACCUGAUAGAAAGAAAAGGGAAGAUAAAACAUUUAGUUGUUCACUUUGUAAUCUCCCUUUUCCUAGUGAGAAAGAGUUGGUGCAGCACACAAGGUCAGGUCACUCAUCUCAGGGGACUUUGCAACGAAACUCAGGACCUGAACAAGACGUUGAUGAUAGUAGUGAGCACAUACGAGACAAAUACAUAUGUGAAGACUGUGAUCAAACUUUCUUCCGAAGGCGCCAGCUCAGAGCCCAUAAAAAAUAUUGUCCAUGUCGUGUUCCGACCUAUCAGAGUGACUCUCCAGAAAAAGUGAGUGUAGCGGCAGUUCAAAAUGAUGCAAAAGAAGUUGACGCCAUGAAGUUAUUGACAGCCGUGUUAGCAGUGACAAGUACCAGUGCAAGUGAAACAUCUGGCUUUCAGCAACCUCCAUCCAGCCAUGAUCAGCCAUCCUCAGCCUCAACAGUUUUAUGUCCUACGUCAUCUUUAUCAAUCACCUCAAAUGCAGAGGAACAUCUUGGUCACCAAAGUUCCCUUCGACUUUUCUCUGACUGUGAUUCGCCAUAUGCAGAGCACCUGCCCAUCCAGCUCAAAGACAGCCACUUAGAACGACCUCCACAACAGCCAUCACCCUUACCACAGUCAUCUCAGCGUCAGCACUGCCAACUACAUGAGGCAUCCCAUGAUCAUCAUCAGUUGAGUCAUGCACAAGUGUCCUUGGAACAUUUAUCAAAAGAACAGAAAAACUUUGUACAACAUCCAUCUCAUGUUCAGCCAUCUGACCAGCCAAGUCGCAUUCUCAUCACUCAGAGUUUUGAGCAUCUCCAGCUUUCAUCGCGGCUCGCCAGCCACCUUCAGCAGCAGCUUUCACAACCUGAAACUGACCUCCAGCAUCAAAUGCAGGAUCACUUAGAACAACCCUCGAGACCACACUCCAAUCUGCACCAAGAAGUACCACAGGAGGACCACCUAGAGCUGGUACAAAGGCAAUACACUCAGCUCCACGAACCACUGAAGGAGCACAGCCAUACCUCACAGCAUGUAAGACUCCAAGAUCUGCCACACCAGCCCUCAAGACUACGAACUUUCAAUUCCAAGGAAGCUCAGCUGCACCAGUCAUCUCAUGCAUCAAGUCAUAUCCAACAUUCUCAAGCUAAGCCAAACCAUACACACCUACAGCACCAUCACCAUCAGAUGGACCAUGUUGCAGAAGAACACUUUUACAAGAGUCCUGCAUUGCCACACCCAAGCCAACACUUGCAUCACCACCACCACCACCACUUUCCUCAUGGUGAAGAAAGGGAGGAGAGUAUUCACCUCCCAGAAGACUUUCACCACACCCUUCCAGAUAUUGAUGACUGUGAUGACUUUGCUCAUAAUUUACAACAGCAGCAGUGCCAAGAAGAAACAGAUGAUUGUCCCUGCCAUCCCAGCACUCUGCAGCACCCAAGGCAGCACCUGCCACAGCACUACCAGGAAAGCAGUGAGCAGGACGACAGGGUCAUGAGCCUGCGCCACCACCAGCUUCAGCAUCUUUUUCAUCCUAACUGUGUAGGUCCAAAUGAUAUAAAGAUAGAAAAUAUUUUAAGCUAAGAAAUAUUUUUUAGUAUUUAAGUAUCAAAAUUUUGUGAUUUACAUCUGUAUGAAAUAAUGCUUGUAGAUAAGCUUUUUGCACAUGAAAUUCAACUCAGGAAGUAUAAUCUGAAAAUAUAACUAUUUUAAA